AUGUCCGACUGCUCCUCUCAGGCCAUUCAUGGCCACUUGAGAUCUAUCACUGAUGGCACUUCCUUCUACUUAUCGGUGGUUUAUGUGGAGCACUCUUUUGUUUUGAGAAGACCGUUGUGGGCUAAGUUGAAUCACUACAGCCUUUUGUACACGAAUGAGCCCUGGAUCGUUGCGGGAGACUUCAAUGCUAUUCGAUAUGCCUCUGAUAGGGCGGAUAGAUCAAACUACUGGAUUCCAGCCUUUGAAGAUUUUGGCAAUUGUCUCAUUCAAGCUGGCUUGGAUGAUCUUAGGUUUGUUGGUAAUCGCUUUACUUGGGCAGCCUCCUCUGGACCUAAUCGCAAGCAAAGGAAGAUCGACAGGGUUGUUGUAAAUUCGGCUUGGAACUCUACAUUCUCUUAUUCUGAGGCCUCCUUCUUGGCGCCGGGUGUAUCGGACCAUUCCCCAAUGGUCGUUAGGAUCCUCCCUACUCCAAACAAUCGUAAGCCUUUUAAGUUUUUCAACUUUUGGAUGGCCCAUCCGAACUUCUUUGAGCUGGUAGCACGGGUAUGGGAUUCUUCCUACGUUGGCUCGCCCAUGUAUUUGCUUUGCUGCAAACCUGCGUGCUCUAAAGUACGAGACUUAAAGGCCUAA